AUAGCGCAAACCAGCGCCCUGUGCAGCUUUGUGUGACUACAUUGACCGUUUGUGUUGUGUGAGUUGAUUUAAACUGACAAGAGGAUGGGUAAAAGAGAUCCUAGACAACCACGGGGCAAGAUGUCCUCGUAUGCAUUCUUCGUGCAAAACUCUCGCGAGGAACACAAGAAGAAACAUCCUGACUCUAGUGUUGACUUUUCAGAAUUUUCAAAACAAUGCUCCGAAAGGUGGAAGGCCAUGACUCCAAAAGACAAGGGGAAAUUUGAGGAUCUGGCAAAGAAUGAUAAGGUCCGUUAUGACCGAGAAAUGAGGAACUACAAUCCACCCAAAGGUGACAAGAAAAAGAAGAAGGAUCCAAAUGCCCCAAAGAGGCCACCGUCUGCAUUUUUCAUCUUCUGCUCCGACCAUCGUCCAAGGAUCAGGGGUGAGAACCCUGGAAUAUCCAUCGGUGAUGUUGCAAAAAAGAUGGGAGAGCUUUGGUCUGGACUAACUGCCAAGGACAAGAAACCAUAUGAAGAGAGGGGAGCUCAAUUAAAGGAGAAAUAUGAAAAGGAAGUGGCAGCAUAUCGUGCUAGGUGCAAGAAUGAAACUUGUAAGAAACCUCCUCCUAAGCAAGUUCAGGUCGCCAAAAAGAGGAAGCAGGACGACGACGAUGAUGACGAUGAUGAUGAUGAAGAGGAGGAGGAUGAAGAAGAAGAAGAGGAAGAUGAUGACGAUGAGGAAUAAGUAUCUGCAGAUGUAAAAAGAUGUUUGUCUAAGCUUGAUCUAUUUUUUUGCAAAGACCAGAAAUGUGAACUCAUCUGUAGCUUGGAUCAAUCGCUUAGGUGUAAAGAAACUGUACAAAACUGUGUAUAGUUAGUGUUGUAUUUUUACACUGUGCAGCCAGGCUUUGUACUGUUUUAAUUGUAAGUAGCUGGUUUUUUUUUAAAGGCACUGCCUUUCGAGAAGAGAGGGACUUCUGAGUGGUGGAAUGUUAUUGCCUAUUUAAUGUUUUGUGUGAAUUUUCAAUGACAAACGUAGCUGUUUAUUGUAGCAUAGUUUUUUUGUCAUGGAGUUGAUACCAGUUUUUGCAGAUUUUUUUGUAGAGCUUCUGUCAUGAGCUCAUUACACGUGAUGGCUAACUUUUUGUAGUUAGAUCAUGAUAUGAAAACACUUUUUUAAUAAUAAAACAAUUAAAAUGGUGGAA